GUCUUUGAUGAGGGUUUUCAUCUCCUGGGAGUCAGACUCAACGGCCCCAGCCGAGGGGCCACUCACAGACGACCCCCCAGCCACCCCCUCAUUUCAGACACCUGUGCCCAGGUCAUGACCUCCUGUCCUGCAGAAAGUCCCGCCCCUCAGCCAGAUGAAGGACUCUGGUUGGUUGCCGGGUAGCAACUGGAAGCCUGUUGGUUCCAGGACAGCUCAGUGAGAGUUGAAGAUCAGAGGUCAGACUAGUGUCUGACUUUCAUCCUCUGUGACCUGACAGGAGCAGAAAGAAGACUUUCAGACCCUUCAGCAUGGAUUACAGGAAAGCCCUCCGCAAGAGGAACAACGUGGAGGAGGAGGAGGAGAAGGAGCAGGAACAGCCAGACUUGACUUCUGACUCCCUGUCGGAGGACUCUGAUGAGGACUCUGUUCCUGCUCCUCGGGACAGAAGCACCAGCAGGGGAAAGGCCGCCUUUUCCACCGCCGCCAAGUGUUCCAAGCCCGCCACCUCUCACUCCACCUCUGCCUCCUCCUCUGCCUCCACUGCUGUCUCCACCUCUGCCUCCACCGCUGCCUCCACCUCUGCCUCCACCUCUGCUUCCACCUCUGCCUCCACCGCUGUCUCCUCCUCCUCAUCUGGACAGGCCCCCAGCAGAAUGACCCUCUGGAGGAGGAAGAAGAGGGAGGAGAGGGACAGGGAGGUGCUCCUCUCGCCCGAGUUGCACAUGCAGGAGGACUUGGCUGGGCCUUUGACCUGUGACAUUUGCGGUGGUGGGAGACACCUGCAGGACGGGCACGGCUACUUCAGGGGACAGUUUUUCUGUGCCCAACGGGACGGGCCCAACGGGAGGACGGUACAUGAGUGGGUCCAGGAGCAGAUAGCGGGGGAAGAAUACCAGAUCCCCAGAACGACGCUGUGGAGGAUGAAGCGGAAGGUCAUGGUGGAGGAGAGCGGCGACGACCAGGAGGAGGGGGAGGCCGGCGGCAAGAAGAGGAAGCCAUACAAAUUAAGGAUUUGUGGGCUCUGUGGCCAGCCGGCCCAGAAAGACUAUGGGCACAGCCAGCAUGUCAGCGGGGGCACCAAGGUCUUCUUCUGUGCCAUGUACCACGGCAUCUCUGUGGAGCUGUGGCUGGCCCAGCAGAGGGCCAAGAAGUGAGUUUAGUUGCUGGUGUUGUUUGGUUGUUGUUGUUGUUGUUGUUGUUGUUGUUGCUUGUUCUGUUCUGGUUUUUGUAAAUAAAAUGUGUUAAUUCAUCUAAAAUAA